GGUUACGUCCCUGGGUUCGUUCUCACUGUUCAUCAUUUCUCGGCGAAGCUGGGGGAUCAUCAAUGAUUAGUGCCAUCCUCCACCAGCGGUCUUAUAUGUCCCUCCGCGUAUGCCUCAUGGAACGUCCUUUGGCAGUUGACCUCGACCAGCUGACAGUCAUUGACAUAUCGUCCCGCUUCAACGGCCGUUUCUGGUAUCCUUGACCAUCUCCCGCCACGACGCUCCUCUUCCCUCUGGGUGCUAGCCGACAUCGCAAUUCUUCAAAAAAUGCGUCAUCCAUUCGCCGUCGCGAUCUCAUAUCCUAGGCCAUCCUCGUUCCUUCCCAUUCGCUCUAGACCUAACACGCCGGAGGCAGACAUCCCGCCACAUUCGAUCAAAGCAUGGCUCAUCGACGAUGACUCGCGGCCCCCUGUUCCUGCUUUGCCACGGGCUGCAGCGCCACAUGCUGAAUCCGCGCCGAAUCUGCCUAGACUCGAGAGGGGCAGCACCAGCGGGCACUACGUCAAGCAUUCGAGCAAGCUCACAUUAUUGCUAAGUGGACAGCGUGAAGGGACAUCCAUCCCUCACUAUUCAAAUGGAGACACGAUUGAGGGGAUCCUGGCGAUUGCGCGGCCGGAGGGUGUCCUCGCGCUCGAUGUUAAGAUUGAAGGAAGAACUUACGUCGAGGAGGUAGCGGGAGGUGGCACCGUCAGCGUGAAGACAAUAAACGACAAGAUAUACUCUUGGUCGGCUUCAAAUUCAGAGCCGUUCCCUCCGCGAGCCUCCUUCCGAUAUACUCUGCCAAGCACCUACCGCGAUUCGAGCGUGGGCAAAGACUAUCCCCUACCACCAAGCUAUACGGCUGAGCUCUACGGCAUUCCGGGCUUCACGGUCAAAAUCGCUUACGCCGUGGUCGUUAAUCUGACCGUACUGCGGGAGCCGUCGACAUUGUGGCGCGGCGUGAGCAAGUGGGUCUGUUCCGGCAUCCCAAUCCCUACCGUGGGCGGUGCUGAUCGUGCUGCCAACGUUGGCUCCGACCCAUCUUCCUCUGCUCUUCCUCACGCUUGUAGAGUCCGUGUACCCUUCCGCUACUCGCACCGGACAAGACCGACACUCUCACCACCAUUUUCCCGCAAUCCGCAGAGGACGGAGACGCCGCAAUGCCCCCGCACUCUGUGGACGUUCAAGCUGCGCGGCAGGAAAGCGGACGUGCCUGGGAUAAAGGUCGAUCUGUAUUUGCCGUGCUCGGCCGUGUGCUGCU